AUGGAGCACAUCGACGGGAACGUUAUCAAUCGCGAUCUCACUGCUCGUAUGAAAUACAUUCAGUCCUUCCUUGGUUGGGACGCGGCGAACGAUGGGAAGCUCAUUGAAGCAUGCAAACCGGUGCUUGCUCCCAUUGUCACCAAUGUCGUCGACGCCGUCUACGACCAACUGCUCAAAUACGACAUCACGGCCUCGUCUUUCGCGCCCAAACAGUCACAGGAGGGAGGAGCCACUGUGGACGCCAGCGUUGGCGACCUUCACGCCGGUCACGAAAAUAUCAAAUACAGAAAGGACUUUUUGAAGGGGUACCUGGUCAGACUGGUCUCGAACCACGACUGGUCCCCCGAGAGCAAGUUUUGGGAGUACAUUGACAUGGUGGGCAAAGUCCACACGGGCUCGACGGAUUCGGGCUUGAAACACCGCAAGAACAGACCUGCACUGUUUGUCGAGUACCGCGAGAUCAACCUCUUACUGGGCUGGGUCGAAAAUGCCGUCACCGAUAUUGUCAUGGGUGUCGAAGGAUUGGAGCUGCGGACAAAGGUGGACAUCCUGAAAGCCUUGAACAAGUUCUGGUGGAUCCAGAACGAUCUCUUUGCGAGGCACUAUAUCCCAGGUCUGAGGGAAUCGCGGACACAAGACGCAGAGCGCCCACUGAACUGGACUGACAAGUUGAAGGCUGAUCCGGUAUUUCCCAUUGUCUCUGCGCUGGUGCUUUUGGCCGUUAUUUUCGGGUGGAAAUUUUGA